GGGGCGGCGCAACUAGGAUGCCAACUUAUUAGCUACCCUUGUCAAAUCGGGAACGGAUGAGCGUGGGGAAAUCGUUGGUCCUGGGAUACCGGACAUUGGAAUCGCUUGUGGCUUCAAAGGGAUUGUUUGUCCAACGCCUUGUUCUCCUCGGACAGAGGUCAGAACAGCGAGCACCCAAUAUGUGAUGUCUAGCCAAGACACUGUCCCUGCCGAUUUCAUGGGUUCCAAGAGCCGCCCUCGGCGAUUUCUCCUCUCCACUGCCUUACUGUCGGCAAUUACAGUCGUCGCCCUGGUCGCCUGGCUCUACGUCUUCCGCCAUGGCCCCCAGAAUUCGCCAUCCCCAUCCUCAGCGUUUACUCUAAGUGAUCUGGAGAAGGGCAACGUCACGGCAAAGCCAGACACUGAUGCGACUGCGACAGCCGGGUCAAACUCCAAUUCUUCGCUUCCCGCAACCGCCCUGAUGCCCGCGUCGGAGCCGGCCGUGUCCAGCGCCCCAGUCGUAAAACUACGCCAGGGGACCUACAUUGGCGCCACCAUUCCGUCGAGCGACUCGUACCCGAAGGCAAUUGAGGCCUUCCGUGGCAUUCCUUUCGCCGAGACGACCGCCGGGGAAAGCCGCUUCCGGCUACCUGUUCCGAUCGGGCCGUCCGACGGGACCUUCGAAGCCGUAGCCCUCGGACAGUCGUGCCCCGGCAGCAAUGCUACCAAUGCCACCGGCGAGGUCACCAUCGAGGGCGAGGAUUGCCUAAACCUCAACGUCUACCGGCCCAGGGGCGCACGGCCGGCGGACCGGCGUCUCCCCGUCGUCGUCUAUGUCCACGGCGGCGGGUUCAACGGCGGCGUGGGCACCGAGAGGAACAUGGCCAGCUUUGUCUCGUGGGCCAAGGAGCCUAUCAUCGCCGUUAACUUCAACUACCGCGUCGGCGCCCUGGGCUUCCUGCCGUCAGCUGUCACUGCAAGGGAGGGCCUGCUGAAUCUGGGCCUCAAGGACCAGCAGCUGUUAUUUGCCUGGGUUCGGGAUAAUGUGGCUGCGUUUGGAGGCGACGCCGAUAAUAUCACGCUCAUGGGUCUCAGUGCUGGUGCUCAUUCGAUCGGCCACCACUUGAUGUACUACUCCAGGUCUUCCACUCCUGCGCCUUUCGCCAAGGCCAUCCUCGAGUCAGGUGCAACAACCGCCCGAUCUGUCCUCUACCCAACUCAUCCGCGCCACCUGAAGCAGUUCCGCGAAUUUCUCAUCGCCGCCGGAAUCGCAGGCGUUCCGGAGCAAGAUGUCUUCCCCACACUUCGCAAGUUGCCUGUGGGGACCAUUACGAGGGCCUCGCGCGCCAUCUGGGACCGGUACAACGCAACUGUCUGCUGGCCGUUCCAGCCCGUUAUUGACGGGCCGAACUCGCUGUCCAACUCCAGCCACGCCAUCGGACGCCCGGGCGAUGACGGGGGCGCCAUUCCAGCCUCCGUGAUCCCCGACCUGCCCGUCGAGUCGUGGCGCGAAGGCAACCAUCUCCGCAUCCCCGUGCUGACCGGGUUCAACACGAAUGAGGGGACCAUGUUCGUGCCCCAGCAUGCGGGCAGCAACGAGGACUUCAGAAAGUUCUUCACGACGCUCAUCCCGGGCCUCAGGACGCAGGACCUCGAGGCGCUCGAGGCCCUGUAUCCCGACCCCGUCACCAACCCAAGCAGCCCCUAUAAAACGGUGUUGAAGGGCAUGGGCCGGCAGUGGGCGCGCCUGGACGCCGCGUACAGCCACUUCGCGUACAUCUGCCCGGUACUGCAAACGGCCCACUUCCUAUCGACCGCGGACGACGCGACAGGCCGGCCGAGCAGCAGCACGGUCUUUUCCAAGUCGUCCCACCACCCGUCUCCAGACGGAGGGGUGACCGAGGAGAGGAGCGCCAGCCCCGGCGCCGGCCGGGCCCCGGUCUACGUCUACCGCUACGCCGCCACCGGCACGUGGGGCACGGCCAACCACGGCGACGAGGCACCCGUCGUGGCGCACGACAUGGGCGUCGUCGCCCCGCGGCGCGGCGGGCCGCGGCCCGGCAUCCGCAACAUCGCCGAUGCCAUGCACGGCGCGUGGGUCAACUUCAUCGUCUCGAGGGACGGCGAUCCCAACCCGACGACGACGACGGUCCGGUGGGCCCCCUUCGAGUCCCCUCUCGCGGCACCGGGAUCGGGACCGGGGCAAAGCCACGUCAUGGUCUUUGGCGAGGGCAACGACGAGCGCGAGCCCCCCGAGUUCCGCAGCCGACCGGGGCCCCGGAGGCCCGGCACGGCGGCGCGGCCGGAGACGCUUUCGGCCGCCGAGGUGGAGCGGUGCCGGUUCUGGUGGGAGAGGAUCGAGUUGAGCGAGGGGGUGGGGAGG